CGUUCGGCUGUGCCUGUUGUUAGCUCGUCGUCAAAACACCGCAGAUCAUGGAGGAGAACAAGGACGCGCAACCCCAGAAAACGGGUCCCGUUCUACCUACGCAAGACGCGCCGACGACAAGAGACAUGCAAGGACAAGCGGCACACCCAGAAGGCGACUCCCGCGAAGACUUGUCCUCCAAGGGCCGACUGCAAGACGCCGCUGAGCGAACCAGCUGCGGGACCGCCACGGCCAAAUCGUUGGAACGUCAAACGGUGACCGAAGGUGAGCAGACGACCUCAGCAGCAGACCCGGUUCUGCUGCCAGAAGUCCGAGAAGAACCGGGCCUCCUCGCAAAGCCUGGAACGCCGGCACCGGCCACAACAGCUAUUCAUAAUGAAACGGCGGAACAAUCGCGUUCAUCUGCCGCUUCCCCAGACGCGGCGCCGAAAAAUACUGCGACGGCGACGACUAAGGAUUCCGCAGUCGCGGAAAAUGCUUCGGUUGAAGCGACGAAGGGCCACGAGCAAGGAUGUCGACCCAAGCUAGGUGGCCAGCGGUCCAGUGCGAAGCCGGCUCCGCCGCAUUCGCCGAGCUCGACUCCGGGAGCAACCACGCCACUCCGAGAGAUGGAGGAGAGCGUGGACCGGUCGGCAGACCGGCAACUGCGACCGCUCGGGAGAAGCUGGAAGCUCAAGGCGGCCUGCUUCGCUCUCACCCUGGUGCUGCUCAUCGUCGUGUCUGGCAUCGUGGUGUACAAGUACGUCGUCCUACCGAAACUGCUUGUGGCACCACUAAGGAGCAACAGAUCUACUGUUAUGCCUCGCGCCGGAUCAGCGACGAACUUUACAUUGUAUUGAGUUCUCCUGAGCCUGGACAGAGCCCAGCAGAGGCCUCCGUUCCAACUGGCGCGCAGAAAGUUUAGCGGACAACUGCAACUGGCUUUAAAUCAAAGCGAUAAGCUCCGCUUUCAUUGAA